GGAAUCUUCAUUCUUCAGGUAAUCAAUCUAUGACCACUUCACGUUGUCCACUUUCCAAUAUCCCCAAUUCCAAACCCUAAUUUCACCACCCGCACUAAUUUCUUCAAUUCCAAACCCUAAUUCUUCAUCAACCUUCAAAUUAGUCUUUCUCUCAUCCCAUUUAACCCAUCAAUGGUCGAUUAUCGAUCUCAAUUCGAGAUCUUGUUCCAAAAAUCCACACGCUAAAGGUAAAAAUUGCUCCGUUUUACCAUACUUAUUGAAAUUAGCGUUUCAGGUACAGAUUGUUUGAAAAAUUAUUAUUAUUUCAAGUGAAUUUAGUUGAAUUUGAGAAGUUAGGGUUUCAAUUUCGUUGUUUUUAGUGUGUAUUUUGGGAAAUUUGAAUUAUUAGGGUUUUGGAUGGAGAAAUAGUGUGUAGUUUGUUUGAAUUAAGUGUUUCUGGUUGAUUUGUUUGGGAGAUUUGGAUCUUGAUUGUGGAUUUGGUGUGUUCUGAUGGAUGGAAGUGAGGGAGAUUCGAGAUAUUUGUCGAAUUACGCUGUGAGUCAAGGGUACGGGUCGACCCGACCCAAGGUUUCGGUUCGGAAUUUGCCUCGACCUCAGUCUCAGCUGGUUGCUGAGAAUUAUGUUGAUGAGGAUGAUGAUGUUGAAGAGGAUGAAGAAGAAGCCAUUGAUGGUGAUGGUGGAAUGAAUGGUUCGGUUCAGCGGAACGGUGAGUAUGGUGACAAUGAUUAUGGUGACGGUGAUGAUAGUGAUAAUAAUAAUGACGAUGAUGGUGAUGGUGGUGGUGAAGAUUAUAAACGAAGUGACGGUUUAAAUAUACAUAGGCAUCCCAAAAAGAGGAAACUGAAGAGCUUAUCGUCGAGUUUUGAGUUAGCACCACGAGUGCCGCUACCACCGCCGCAGGUAGGAUUAGCACCGCCUGCCGGUAAGUCUGGUGGAAGAAACACACUUACGGACUGGAGUGAACGCGAGACGUUUAUUCUUCUUGACGCGUGGGGCGAAAGGUUUCUUCAACGUGGUAGAAAAAGUCUCAGAUCGGAAGAAUGGCAAGAAGUUGCGGAAAAAGUUUCGCAAGGGUCGAAAUUAGAAAGAACCGACACUCAGUGUAGAAACCGUCUGGACACGUUGAAAAAGAAGUAUAAAAAGGAGAAAGCUUUGUUGGAACAAAACAAGAUUUCAGAUACAAAAUGGGUGUAUUUCAAGAAAAUGAAUAUGUUAAUGGUGGCAACACCAGUUCAACAGGCGAAUUCAAGGGAGCUUGUUUUGAUGAAUCCGAACGCGUAUUUAAAUCGCGCAAAUGGGUUGGGUGAAACAAGGGAUGGCCCCGGUAACGCAAACUCUCAAGACGGUGAUGAAGACGAUGACGACGAUGAUGAUUUGGAUUUGUUGCCACCGAAAAAGUCAAGAUACGUAAGGGAGAAAGUCAAUGGUGGUUCGUUUAAAUUGCUUGCGGACUCCAUUAACAGGUUUAGUGACAUUUACGAGAAGAUCGAAAACGGGAAGAGAAAGCAGAUGAUGGAAUUAGAGAAAAUGCGGAUGGAUUUUUAUAAAGAUUUGGAAUUACAAAAACAGAAGAUUCUUGAUAGAGCAAGAGACGAGAUUGCGAAAAUCAGACAAGGAGAUCAUGAAGAGAAUGAUGAUUCCGCAGAUAAUAUCAGAGGGUAAACUGGUAAAAUGGUAAAAUACCUCUCGUUUUGACUAACAUUUUUUAUUUGAAAACUUACUGUUGACUUAUUGCUGUUGUGUAAUAUGUGAGUUGUUACUACUUACUCCAUAUGGCUUCUAAAAUGUUAAGGCAAUAAGAUUUAGGAAAGAUUGAUUAAUGAUUAUUAAAGAUGUCCCUUUUGAACCGUA